AUGGUAGGACCAUCGAGGCCUCAAAUUGUUCUGUUUGGUUCUUCCAUUGUUCAGCUCAGUUUUCUCAAAGAAGGUUGGGGUGCUAUUCUUUCUCACUUGUAUUCUCGCAAGGCGGAUAUAGUUCUGCGAGGAUACUCUGGUUGGAAUUCAAGGCGUGCUGUGCAGGUUUUGGAUACAAUUUUUCCCAAGAAUGCCACGGAGCAACCGUCGUUGAUAGUUGUAUACUUUGGCGGCAAUGAUUCUAUUCUUUCUCAUCCAAGUGGCUUUGGUCCACAUGUACCUCUACAAGAAUACAUUGAUAAUAUGAAGAAAAUUGCUACCCAUCUCAAGAGCCUGUCAAAGAAGACUCGCCUUAUAUUUCUCACUGCUCCGCCUUGCAAUGAAGUGCAAAUCUAUGGAAACAGUUGUAUACAGACACCACCAAGGAAUAACGAAUCGUGUCGAAUAUAUUCAGAAGCUUGUUUGGAGCUAUGCCGCGAGAUGAAUAUCAAGGCCAUUGAUCUGUGGUCUGCAAUCCAAAAGAGGGAUAGCUGGCGAGAUGAUUGCUUCACAGAUGGAAUUCAUUUGACACAUGAGGGUAGCAAGAUAGUGGCAAAAGAGAUACUUAAUACACUCAAAGAAGCAGAUUGGGAACCUUGCUUGCAUUGGAAGUCACUGCCAAAUGAAUUUGGAGAAGAUUCACCUUAUGAUCCACUUGGCCCAGAUGAAAAAACUAUUAAUAUUGCCAGCUUGACCUUCCUGGAAACUGAGGAGUAUGACUGA